UGGAACUUCGGCGGAACGUUUGACCGAAGGUUUUACCGAGCCCGGAAGUAAUGCUGCCUCACAAACGCGAGCCUUACAGGCACUCGCAUUCACUGGCACCACAUCAUCAGUGGCUGACGACAGAGUGUGAUCCUGUGUAGCAAGAACUCGCGUGCGGGUAAGGACUCACACCAUGUUUGUUGCAUGCAACUACCGCCGCAAGCCCACGCAGAAUGGCUAAAGUAUCGUGCCCAUUCUGCGGCGUGACCAGCCCAGAAACCCUAGUAAUACAAGCUCAUAUCGAAGAGCAACAUUACGAGACUCCGAACCAGUCGUCGGUGUACAAAGCUCGUGAAGGAAGCCGAGUCGACAGCCGUCACGCGCUGCUCCCAAAUUUGGAGCACAAAGUCCCCGAAUCCGAACCGCAAUGGACGAAAUGCACUCGACCAGGAUGCGGCGAGUAUGUAUUACUUCGCGACAUUGAUGAGCAUCUGGACGUUCAUGCUGCUCUGGCUGCGUCUGAGACGGAGAGAUCGAAUUUUUCGAACAAUGCCCGUAAUGACAACCAGCCACCGUCACCAAGGCGAGCGAAACUGGACCAGUCAAGACGGCGACCUUCAAACGCAGUCCGCUCACCUUCGACACAGAGCAUACUCAGCUAUUUCGCUGGCCGGUCGUCGUAUGCAAGUAAUGCCGUGCCGAAGCCACCACAAGCACCACGCCCGUCGGGCAGACUUGGCAAACGUGAGCUAGGCCCUCAUGCCUGGGAGAAGAGGAUGCCGGACAUCGUUCGUCAGCGCCUUCUCACUGCUGCUGUGCCCAGACAGGUCAACAAACUUGGCCGUGACGGCAGACUCGCACGAGAAACCGUUAUCGACAACGAGACUAUGGACCUUGUCCCGCUUAUUGCAGAGCUGUGCUCACGGGACCGUGACACGGUAGCAACCUACCUUUGCCAUCCUGCCGUCAACCAUGUCGCGAAGAUCCGCUGCGAUGGCAAUUUCUGCGGGUACUGGAGCAUUCAAGUACUGCUAACGCACCUCCUGCUGACGCGAAAAGCCGUCUUCGACGCACCACGUGUGCCUAAUGUGCUGCAGAUCCAAGACCGAAUCGAGCAAGCAUGGGAUGCUGGAGUCUGCGCCUAUGGCCGCACAGAGACAGGCGGUAUCCGCGGGACGCGAAAGUGGAUCGGUACCGCUGAAGCAGUCUCUUUCUUCACGCAAAUGGGCGUGCCAUGUCAGCCUCUCGCGUUUGAAGACGAUGACGACAAUGAGCCUUACGGCGAACUCGCGGCUAUAAAGCUGCUUGACUACGUGGAGGUGUACUUCAUGCAAGGCCAAGAAGCAGCUCAGCGUAGAGGAAGCUCGUUUAUCACGCAACUGCCACCGCUCUACUUCCAGCGACUGGGUCACUCGAUGAGUAUUGUGGGUGUCGAGAGACAGCGCGAUGGCAAGAGGAACUUGCUGGUCUUUGACUCUUCGUUCGAGACGUCUGCUGGCGUAACGGCACUGUUGGCGGGUAGGAGCUCAAGGGCGGAGCGAGAGACUUUGCUGAAGGCUUACAGGAGGAGUGAUAGGUCGCUUGCACGAUGGGAGGAGUUCGAGGUCAUCACGCUGUCGUGAACGAGGCAAGAUGUGACCCUCAUCAAUGCGAUGCAUGUAUGACACAUCGUACUUGUAGAGCUGCUGUGCAACUAUCUGGUCACCCGUGAACGCACUUCAGCCCGAGACACUCU